UGUUUACUUAAGUCUUCCAUAGCAGAAUGGCCCGGCUGGCUGGGAGCAGAACUGGGGAGACAGAUCCAAUGUGUGUGUGUGUGUGUGUGUGUGUGUGUGUGUGUGUGUGUGAGGACAUUGCAAUGAAGGAGAAGGCAGCAAAGCAAAGUGGACUCUGUGGUUCUGGUUCUCCCAGGAGAUUGUACUUGUCUCCAAGUGGAAGCUUUAGUUAGUGUUUCUGUCACACUUUUGAAACAUUAAAGUCUGUGUGCGUGCGUGUGUGUGUGUGUGUGUGUGUGUGUGCGCGCGUGCGAGCAUAAUGAAGUCCAGGUGCUGCUCUGCUUUAAGACACCUGUCACUAAUAUUUAGUGCCAGAGAAAACCAGACGAGCUCUUUGCUUAUUUUAACGAGGCUGACGAACCCAACCUGAGGACGUGUGUGUGUGUGUGUGUGUGUGUGUUUUGCCUGAGCCGGUGUCAGUUUUGGAUGAACACGUGCACGGUAACAGACACCUGUGUCCAUGAAGCCACUGAAGCACUGCCUAGCACCAGCAUGGAUCUGAUGCUGCAGUAUUUGGCUGCCACCAGCAGAGGCGCUGUUGACUCAGUCUCAGCUGGAAGCCCAGCAUUCCACCGGUGCGACACCGGCUUUGAGUGACGUCACUAUGCGUGACAGAGUGCAGAACCUGCUGUGGUUCUGUGGUGGAGGCUCACCGACGCCUGUCUGGACCGGAGACAAAGACCUCCCUGUGUCAGCUGCUUGGAAACUUACCUUCGUCCUUCCAGGAACCAACGGGGCCCUCACACGUUCUACACUCAUCAGCUGCAGUGUCUGGUUCUGGUGCCAGGUUCUGGUGCCAGUGUUGUUUUUCCCUGAGUUUGUUCUUGGCAAACCACAACAAUAAACAAUCAUGGCCGCUUAGGGUUUUGGACCCCAGACACAAGUUGGACCAAAACAUUUUAUUGCUGCCUGCAACGCAGAGCAGAAAACAGGAAACACCAGGCAGAGACAGGAACUAAUGCAAUAAGAGUCCAAUGGGAAUGAUUCUUCAUCGAAUGGCUGUGAGUCGGUGAAACUCGAGUCGUCAUCGAGUGGUGGAUACAGCUCAGGGAGGAAGGCGGAAGGAGAGUCUCAGAAGUGUUGGUGGAUUUCUUAUGAUGGAAAUGCUAGACUGCGUAUGUGGAAGAUGCUAGAAGGCGUGAGGGGUGUAGGGGGGGAUUCUGUAUGCUGUGUUGUAAAGGCACGUCUCCCUUUGUUGUGUGCUCAGGAUGAGGCUGGGCUCCUUGGAGACGGGCGUGGUCCUGCUGGGCCUCCUCACGCUGCUGGCGUCAGUGAGACUGUCCACCCCGGGACUGCAGGAGGAGGGCGUGGCCUCCAACAGUUUGGAGGAGGAGCUGCAGGUGACCACGUACUGGUGGGGGGAGUGGGCCAAGUGGACGGCCUGCACCCGCACCUGUGGGGGUGGAGUCAAGUCACAGGAGCGACACUGCCUCAAACAGAGAAAGAAAGUUGCUGCAGGGAAGGACAACAUGACGUGCACGGGAACCCCCAAGAGAUACCACCUGUGCAACGCCCAGGAAUGUCCCUCCAGUGGGAGGAGCUUCCGGGAGGAGCAGUGCUGGUCCUUCAACUCGCAGCUCUACAGUGGGCGGAGCUACCAGUGGAAACCGCUGUAUCCUGACGACUACGUGCACAUCUCCAGUAACCCCUGCGACCUUCACUGCAGCACCACCGACGGCCAGAGGCAGCUGAUGGUGGCGGCCCGCGACGGGACGUCCUGCAAGUACAGCAGCUACCACGGCGUCUGCGUGGACGGUAAGUGUGAGCCAAUCGGAUGUGACGGCGUGCUCUUCUCGCCCAACACGCUGGACAAGUGCGGGGUCUGCCGGGGCGACGGCAGCAGCUGCAGCAGAGUCACCGGAAACUUCCGCCGGGGUUCCACGACCCUGGGUUACUCCUUCAUCACGCAAAUCCCCGAAGGAUCGUGGGACAUCCAGAUCAUCGAGAGGAAGAAGUCAGCCGACGUUUUAGCUGUAACCGAUCAGGCCGGAAACUUCUUCUUCAACGGCGCCUAUAAGGUGGACAGUCCGCAGAACUUCCACGUGGCGGGCACCGUCUUCAAGUACCGCCGCCCCAUGGACGUUUACGAGACCGGCAUCGAGUACAUCGUGGCCAAAGGACCCAUCGACCAGGCCAUCAACAUCCUGGUCUGGAACCAGAACGGUCGCACGCCAUACAUUGUGUACGAGUACACCGUCCUACGAGACUCCCUCCCGCCCGUCCCGCCUCCUCCCGUCUACACCGGGUCGGACACCUCGGCCGGGGAGGUGUCUGUGGAAGUGGGGGGCCCACUGGCCCCCAACAGCAGCCGCUACGAGCAGGAGCCCCCUAGCGGGCCAUUGGAGACGGGGGUGGGCAUGGGACGAAAGGGCCAGGAGACAAAUGAGGUCUACGAGGAGACGGCGGCCAUCGACUGUGACCGGGACGGAGCAGCCGACCCGACGUUGUCAGAGGGAAACAGCAGCCACACAGGAAGUACCACCAACCCCGUCCCCAUUGGCGGGCCCCUGAAUCCCAAAGCGGACUCCCCGAACCUCAUCUGGAGGGUCCUGCUGGAAGGCCGACUCGGCCCGGAUGAUCUGCUCAUCAACAUUUCCAGCAAUCAGCUGCUGACCGAAGAAGACGGCUUCUUGUCAGCCGAGGUGGACUCCGGCAGUCUGGAGCAAGACGGACACUUCGGGCUGAAUCACACCAUGGAGUUCACGCUGGGUCGCAAACGCAACGACAGCGGGGACGGGUUCUACCAGAACAAGACGGUGCAGAGGAGCAGCGGCCGCUUCAACAGAACCAGGGGGAAUCCCAGGCUCUACCAGAAGAACCUGAAGCUGAGUCCGGCAGAUAUGUACCGUUGGAAACUUUCCUCCCAGGAACCCUGCAGCAUGACCUGCUCCAUUGGUGUGUCCAAGUCUUUCGUCACGUGCGUCCGUUACGACGGCGUGGAGGUGCACGACAUGUACUGUGACGCUCUGACCCGACCAGAACCGGUCCACGACUUCUGCAUAGGACGGGAAUGUCAGCCCAGGUGGGAGGCCAGCAGCUGGAGCGAGUGCUCACGGACCUGCGGGGAAGGCUUCCAGUUCCGGCAGGUCCGCUGCUGGAAGAUGCUGUCGCCGGGCCUGGACAGCUCCGUCUACAGUGACCUCUGUACCAUGGCCGACCUGGAGAGACCCGUGGAGAGGCGGGCGUGCAAGAGCCCCGCCUGCGGCCCGCAGUGGGAGGUGGCUGAGUGGACGGAGUGUUCUGCUAAAUGUGGCCGAAGAGAUCAGGUGACCCGCGAUGUCCGCUGCUCCGACGAAAACAGACCAUGUGACCCAAUGACCAAACCACUGAAUGUCAAGAACUGCACGGGUCCGCCCUGCGAACGCCACUGGACCGUGUCGGAGUGGGGGCCUUGCUCGGGGUCGUGCGCCCAGGGGAGGAUGGUGCGUCACGUGUACUGUAAGGCUCCGGAGGGUCGCGUGGUGCCUGAGGACCAGUGCUCUGUGGACGAGAAGCCGUUGGCCAUACACCCGUGCGGCGAGAGGGACUGCGCCCCCCACUGGCUGAGUCAGGACUGGGACAAGUGCAACACCACGUGCGGCCGCGGUGUCAAGCGGAGGAUGGUCCAAUGUGUCGGCAUCGGCGCUGGCAAGUUCCAGAUCUUUGAUGACGAGGCGUGCGACGCCGGCGAGAAGCCUGAGGACGAAAACACCUGCUUUGAGCGGCCUUGCUUCAAGUGGUACACCACGCCCUGGUCCGAGUGCACAAAGACGUGCGGCGUGGGCGUGAGGAUGCGCGACGUCAAGUGCUACCAGGAGCGUGAGCUGGUCCGAGGCUGCGACCCGCUCACCAAGCCCGUGUCCAAACAGACGUGCAGUCUUCAGCCGUGCCCCACAGAGCCGCCAGACGAGAGCUGCCAGGACCGGCCCACCACCAACUGUCUGCUGGCGCUGAAGGUCAACCUGUGCAGUCACUGGUACUACAGCAAGGCCUGCUGCCACUCCUGCCGUGCCCUGCGACCUCCCCCAUCCUAGUCCAUCACCCCCCCACACCACUCCGACUCGUGAGGCGGUACCAACUCUUUCAUCAGGUAGCCCGAGUGGAACGUUUACAUUGUCUAAGACGACUAAAAGUAUGAGCGCCGUCGUCGGGGCGACCCCCAGACACUGACGUCCUUGCAAUGUACCACCUUCACAUCAACAGCAGACAAACAUUGAACUGUCUUGUCCCCCAAACCCUCACAACAGGCCUCCUGCUGGGGAUGACGAUGAUGAUCAUGAUGAAGAAUGAGGAAGUCUGACAUUCAAAUAUUAUUUAAUGACGACAGGAAGUGAAAUGUGCACGGAAGCGUAUUUAUUAGUCACAGCACAUUUUGCAUGUAUCGCGACCUCCCGAUGCGCCUUCAUCGGGCCAAACGACGGCUGACAGAGGAGACCAUGAUGAUUCCUGACACUUGAAAUGUAUUCAUACGCGUGCGUAUACGUCGCGCGUUGACCUUUGGCGUGUACUGUCUUUUAUAUAACUGAUACCUCUUUGUACAAAACACAGUGCCGAUAAUAAAGACAACA